AUGGAUUAUCCAUACGAAGAAACAUGCACUGUUGCAGAGCUUCCCAAUGCUCCAAACCAAUAUAGAACUGUCUAUGGAAUGGUGCUAAGAGUAGAUAGAAAUACGAAGACUAAGGAUGAUCCGCAGUUCAUGGUCUUCACUGACUUCACCAGCAACAAACUAGUUGAAAAAGAAGAAGAGUAUCCAAUUACCUUUGACAAUAUCCAAGUUCAGGUCGACGAAAUGUUCCUGAUGGACGUGAUGAAGUUUCGUAUGCAUAACAUCGAAUCAGAUUACAGAAAGUACCACUCUAGUGAGAGGAAGGAUAUCAUUCAAUUCUAUAACCUUCCUAGAUUCGAUCCCGCAUCCCAAAAGUCGCUCCCUGUGGAGCACUACUUCAUGGUAAUAAAAGUGAGACUAAGAACAAAGAAGUACUACGCUAAUAUUCUAGAAUGUGCUACGUUUGAUAUUUCUUUAGUAGACUACAAUCUGGCUUCUGACAAUGACAAGGUUUUUCUAAACGGCUUGUACAAACGGAUGUUAGAACGCUUACCAUUGAAAUACUUCAGAAGGGUUGGUCUGGAUGUAUACAGAAAAGUAUUUCCGCCGGAAUACUUUAAUAUACUUGAGGAUUCAAUUCGUAGAGAUGACCAGCAGGCACAGGUAUCUCGAAAGUCGGUUCAGGAAUCCAGAGUAUUGCCACCGAACAUGAAUUCAAUACAAACACACGCUCGUACCUAUCCUCCAAUACAAACCAAUGUUCGGACAAAUCCACCCAUAAAGGAUGAAAUCAUUUCUAGUGGAUCUACAAUCGUAGAAGAUUUGCAAUAUCCGGGCGAUUACCAAGUUUCUUCACCAGCUCCAUCUGAACCAGCGUCUCCAGCUCCUGGAGCUAGAGGCAAUACAUUCAGCUUCAAUAGCGUCAGCAAUGAUAGCAGUACCGAUAACAGCCAUAACAGAGCCCUUAGUAAUCAAAAUAAUAACAUCAAUAACAGUCAAAAUGAUGGAAUUUCAGUUUCUACGCAUUCUGCUAGUAUUGAAAAGAGCUUCUAUAGCGAUGCUCAGAAAGUGAGCAGAAGUUCGCAAGAUUCUGGAAGUCCUUUCUUCAGCAUUCAAGAACUCGCUGCUGUGCCUAACAGAGUAGACAAUAAAGUAUACAAAACCAAAGCGUACCUCAUAGCUACCAACCCCAGUGAUUGGCAGCAUAUUUGUUGCAAGACAUAUGACUACGAUGUAUCGCAGCAGGAUUACGUAUAUACGGACCCUACUAUAAGAAGUAUGGAGUUGAUAUUUACAGACAUUAUGCCUUCUCAACGAAGAGGACAGUUGCUCACAAAUGCUAACUCGAUUACAGUUGGUUUACACGAAGAUGAAGAUAUCCUCGAGUUCUUUGAAAUACAAAGAGUGGAACAGCUCUACGUUAACCUCGCCGAUAUCGCCGAAAAAUUUUAUAAUGGCUCUACCUUUACUAAGCUAGUGGAGCUAGAAUUAUAUAAAAAAGAGAUUCCUGUCAAUCAAAUCCAUGAAGACAGAAGAGGGGAUGCAAGUAUAUGUGUGUGGGCAUCAAGGCAUCUUCUGUUACUGAGUCUAGUUGGUUAG